ACCGUGAGUACUUCAGCUUUGAUGGGCUAUCUGUUGUAGAACUAAUUUCAUUUAAUGGUUUAAGAGGGUGGACUGAAAUUUUAACACUGUCAAGCGCAUUUAGGUGACAUGUUUCUUUUUGUGUUUAUUCCCUUGCAUGACCUAGUUAGUGAACUAGUCACUAGUAAUUUAGUCACCAGCCAAAUCAAGCCCACAGGAAAGGAAGCCAAUAUUCAAAAUAUCAUAUUAUUGUCUAAACCCAUUCAAAUAAUUUAUUUUUGAAUAAAUUAUAAGAUAAGUAACCUCAAUAACUAAAACAAACUCCUCCAGUAAGACCAAGACAGCGCAUUCUGCCUGUGGACGCUGCCGAGGAAGCAUCGUUAAAGUCUCUCUUCCCACUGCUGUCAUGUCUAAGUCAGAGUCUCCUAAAGAGCCUGAACAGCUGCGGAAGCUCUUCAUUGGAGGGUUGAGCUUUGAAACGACUGAUGAGAGUCUGAGGAGCCAUUUUGAGCAAUGGGGAGCGCUCACAGACUGCGUGGUAAUGAGAGAGCCAAACAGCAAGCACUCCAGCAGCUUUGGGUUUGUCACAUACGCCACCGUGGAGGAGGUGGAUGCAGCAAUGAAUGUAAGGCCACACAAGGUGGAUGGAAGAGUUGUGGAACCAAAGAGAGCUGUUUCCAGAGAGGAUUCUCAAAGACCUGGUGCCCACUUAACUGUGAAAAAGAUCUUUGUUGGUGGCAUUAAAGAAGAUACUGAAGAACAUCACUUAAGAGACUAUUUUGAACAGUACGGGAAAACUGAAGUGAUUGAAAUCAUGACUGCCGGAGGCAGUGGCAAGAAGAGGGGCUUUGCUUUUGUUACGUUUCAUGACCGUGAUUCUGUGGAUAAGAUUGUCAUUCAGAAAUACCAUACUGUGAAUGGCCACAACUGUGAAGUAAGGAAAGCCCCGUCAAAGCAAGAGAUGGCUAGUGCUUCGUCCAGCCAAAGAGGACGAAGUGGUCCUGGAAACUUUGGUGGGGGUCGUGGAGGUGGUUUUGGUGGAAAUGACAACUUUGGCUGUGGAGGAAACUUCAGUGGUCAUGGUGGCAGCCAUGGUGGUGGUGGAUAUGGUGGCAGUGGGGAUGGCUACAAUGGAUUUGGUAAUGAUGGAAGCAAUUUUGGAGGUGGUGGAAGUUACAAUGAUUUUGGCAAUUACAACAAUCAGUCAUCAAAUUUUGGACCUAUGAAGGGAGAAAAUUUUGGAGGCAGAAGCUCUGGCCCUUAUGGUGGUGGUGGCCAUUACUUUGCCAAACCACGAAACCAAGGUGGCUAUGGUGGUUCCAGUAGCAGCAAUAGCUAUGGCAGUGGCAGAAGGUUUUAAUUAUCCCCAGGAAACAAAGCUUAACAGGAGAGGAGAGCCAGAGAAGUGACAGGGAAGCUACAGGUUACAACAGAUUUGUGAAC